AUGCUCAACCACAUACUCAUAAAAGGAAGAGUCUCGGGGGGUAAUGGGGGCUCCGAGACGCUGCUGCUGUUCUUCUCCUGCUGUCUGGAAGACAAGCUAUUUCAGGUUGGAGGGGUCAGGUCAGUCACCCUACCAGAAUCCCUCCUGUUUGUCUCGACACUGGAUGGUAGUCUGCCUGCAGUCUCCAAACAGUGGGACAUCAAGUGGACCCUAAGAGAAGACCCCCUUAUACAAUUACCGGUUACCUCACAGAGUAAGUUUUCCCUGCCGGACCCCAAUGAUGGCAGUUUGUAUGUCCUGGGCGGCAAGCACAAGGAAGGCCUAAUGAAACUGCCUUUUACAAUCCCAGAGCUGGUUCAGUCAGCACCCUGCAGGAGCUCUGAUGGUAUCCUCUACACAGGUAAAAAGCAGGAUGUGUGGUUCGUGGUGGAUCCUGAGACGGCGAGAAGCAAAACCAGUUUAACCACAUCUGCCUCUGAAUCCAUCUGCCACACCCCUCUGCUCUACAUUGGACGCACAGAAUACAUGGUCACCAUGUAUGACACAAAAACACAGGAGCUGAGAUGGAACGCCACGUACAACGAUUACUCUGCUCCACCUUAUGACGAGAAACUAGAUUACAAGAUGGCCCAUCUUGUGUCGAGUGGCGAUGGUCUGGUUGUGACAGUGGACAGAAACUCAGGUGAUGUCUUGUGGAGUCAGAACUACGGCUCACCUGUCGUCGGGGUCUACCUGUACUCCGGCGGACUCACUGAGACACGCCCUCACCUGUCCCUCGCCAGAACUCUCCGCUUCCUGACUUUCUCCCUCUGCAGCAACCAGGCAGACCUCCACUCUACACUAAAGUGGAGCUAUCAGUUGUGAAGGAGCAGGCCACUGCCACAGUCAAAACUUGUACACACUCUCUAUGUGGGUAAACUGGACUCCCACCUCUAUGCCUCCACUGCACUCGUCCAUCAAGCGGUGUCAUUAGUGCCUCGAGGUCUGACCCUAGCUCGGAUUGAGGGUCCAUCGACGGCCGGAGUGACGGUCAGAGAACGAGGGGAGUGUGAAAUCACGCCGUCCACUGAUGUGCGCUACCCAGAAGGGACCACAAGCAGCCUGAAGAACCACUGGCUGUUAAUAGGUCAUCACGAGCUCCCUCCAGUGGCUCACACCACCAUUCUGAGGGAUUUCCCAGCCAGCCUUCAUCCCUCCGGCAAGACAGUCAUCCCCACUCAAAAAACCACCCCCCCAUGUCCCUACUACUACGACGAGCGCUAUCUCAGGACUGGCACUGAUGGCCAUGGUGACAGUGAUGAUACAGGAAAAGAGGGUGAUGGGAAGAAUACAGAGCAGACCCCGAAACCGAUUACUGUGCUGCCUGUCUUUAUAACUCAAGACCGUCUCACUCUGGCUGUUCUGACGCUGCUACUGGGAGGAUGGCUGGCAUUCGCGCUUACAUACCCAGUUCGAGCAGCUCAGCAGCUUAAAGCUCAAAGGCAACUUGAGGAGGCUUUGGAGUCUCGUCUCCAGAGGAUGCAGACAUACACGCAGACAAACACACAAGCAGUUUCAUCAGACACCAACAUCUCUACGGCCGUAAACCUCUCCAGUAACUCUCAGGCUGCUCCUGCUGAUCCUCCACCCAGUCCUCAUUCUCCUCACAGCAGCAGCUCCUCAGACGGUAAUAAAAAUGGCACAGCCGGGCCAACACCUACAGCAGCUCUCGCAGAAGGAAACAGUGAGGAGGUGCAUGUGGGUAAAAUCUCCUUCAGUCCAGCAGAGGUGCUUGGACACGGCACAGCGGGAACGUUUGUCUUCAGGGGUAACUUUGAUGGACGUCAUGUUGCGGUAAAGAGAAUACUUCCAGAGUGUUUUGAGGUAGCAGAGCGGGAGGUGCAGCUCCUGAGAGAGUCCGACACACACCCCAACGUCAUCCGAUAUUUCUGCACAGAGCGAGACCGCCUCUUCACGUACAUCGCCAUUGAGCUGUGUGCUGCAACCCUGCAGCAGUAUGUGGAGGAACCAUCUCGCUUUCCAGAGCUGAGUCCCAUAAUUCUGCUGGAACAAACCAUGUGUGGCCUCUCACAUCUCCACUCACUCAACAUAGUCCAUCGUGACCUGAAGCCCAGAAACAUCCUCCUCUCUGGUCCCAGUGCACUAGGCCGGGUCCGAGCUCUCAUCUCUGACUUUGGACUCUGUAAGAAGAUCCCAGACGGUCGCUGCAGCUUCUCUAUGCGCUCAGGAAUACCUGGAACAGAAGGGUGGAUUGCUCCUGAAGUACUGCGGGACACUCCUGGCAAUAAACCUACAGCAGCAGUGGAUGUUUUCUCUGCAGGCUGUGUGUUCUACUACGUGGUCAGCAGGGGGCAGCAUCCUUUUGGUGAUUCACUGAGACGACAGGUCAACAUCCUGUCAGGAGAAUAUUUACUCUCGCAUUUUAUGGAGGAUAUACAUGAUGACGUCAUAGCCCAGGAUCUGAUUGAACAAAUGAUCCACACUGAGCCAAAGUCCCGCCCCUCCACCGCCUGUGUCCUCAAACAUCCUUUCUUCUGGAGCCCCGAGAAACAGCUUCUCUUCUUCCAGGAUGUGAGUGACCGGAUAGAGAAGGAACCAGCAGACAGUCAGAUUGUGCUCAGACUGGAGACUGCAGGAAGAGCAGUGGUUCGAACCAACUGGAGAAUGCAUAUUUCUGUGCCGCUACAGACAGACCUGAGGCGGUUCAGGACCUAUAAGGGAAACUCAGUCAGAGAUCUGCUGCGAGCCAUGAGGAAUAAGAAGCACCACUACCACGAGUUACCCCCAGAGGUGCAGGAGACUCUCGGCGAGCUGCCCGAAGGCUUCAUCAGCUACUUCACCUUACGGUUUCCACGAUUACUGAUGCACACCCACGCUGCACUGCACAUCUGUGCCCAAGAGAGACUGUUUCACCCCUACUAUCUGCCCCCUAAUGCUAAGUAGCAUUAGCAUGACCCUGCACUCCUACUCAUUCACUGUACAUUGGCGUACUGUUUUUCUAAGCUCAGCGCCCCGUUACUGCUUUUGUAAAGCCCAAACUGUUUUUAGAGGAAAAUACUGUGCUGUGCUAAAGUUUUAUAUGCUUUGGGUGUUUUAUAGAUUAAUUUUAUUUUUACUGCAAUUAUGGAUCAUGAAAUGAUUUUAAAGACAGACUCAGAAGCACGCUGAGUGCAAAGGUCCAGAAAGGAAUAUAUAUUUGAUACACUAAUAAUACGUCUAGUAUCGUCACUCCUUCAAAAUAAAAGAUGUGAUUGUGCCAGUUCAAUAAGUCAUAGACAUGUAAUCUCCUCUAAACAGAUACAGGAAUCUGUGUAUUUUGAAAACUAUAUUUAACUACUCAACACAUCAGAGUAUUCUGUCUUCUACUGGAUAGUGGUGGACAUAUCUUAUUUAGAUCGUAGUCCACUUGUCAUUGUUGGUUUUGCCUAACAAGUGAAGAAACUAACCCAAAAGUGCACUUAAUGCAAUAGUUUAUGAGAAUAACAAAAAUAUUUGCAUAUCUGAUAGAUAAAACACUAAUUCUUUGGCCAAAUCCACCAGAAAAAAAAAUGUGUUUACAGUUUUGAUAUUUAACCAUUUGAAAAAUGUAAAGUUUUUACUUGAUAAAUGAUAUCAAAGAGGAAGGAUGUAACUGAGCAGAGAGAGGUAUGUAGUGCAAUAGAGUGACUGUGAUUUAAAAAUGGAUGAGACAGUUUAAACUUUAUGUUACAGGAAAAUAAAAGACAGUUAUUUUAUAAUGAUAUAUAUGUGGAAUCAAUUACAAACAGUGUGCUUAAAUUAAAUUAAAUUACAGCGCUGUUACUACACACACUGGACAACAGGUAUCAGAAAAAAGCUUGUGUUGCUGUUUCAUGUACGGUGUUAGGAGGCUACAUGUCGUAAAAGAAGACUGCUAUCUGUUUCAUUAGUUAGAGAGAAUUUACUUCCCUUGUCCUCAACUCUGAUGUGCUUCUUUCAGCUCUUCUGUAGAAAGUGCCAAAGACUCCUCAGAUUGACUCUGCUGUCUGUUUGAUGUGUUUAAUGUGAUUGUUUUGUGUUGUCUAAUGUAGCUACAUUGACUGAAGAAUGUAACAAGACUUCUUUUCACAAACGUAACAAUGGGAGGGGCCUUGCUUUGUAGGUUUUAACAGAAAGAGAAUUUGUACACUCCUGAAUGUUGACAUGGCUUGAUCAUAUCCAGCCUCCCACUGCCACUCCGAGUCAUGUGAAAACACUGACUGUAACCACUGGAUGAAGGGAUGUUUAUUGGUCUGUAGUAGAGUGAAUGAUGAAGAAUCUAACUUUUGUACUUUUUUUGAAUGAACUCAUUAAAUUGAUGCUUUGGGUGUGCCAAAGAAUAAAGGAAAAUCACGUUUGUACAGAGAAAA